AUAUAUUUGUGUGUAUCAACACACUAUACCUACACAGAGAGAGCUACAUGAACAUACCUCCCUCCCUCUAUAUGUAUUUAUUAUCUUCCCUAUUAAAAUGUGACAUCCUAUCGGUAAGGGACUGUUUUCACCCUUCUCUAUAUCCCUAACAAUUAGCACAGUGCCUAGCAAAUAGUAAGCAGUUAAUAAAUGCUAGUUCAAUGACUACUUUGCCUAGUGUGAACAGUCUGAGGUCACCUGGGUAUAGGUGGUAUUUUCUGACAUCUUAAUCUGUUUUAUUAGGGAAUUCUCAUCCUGGGGCUGCUGAUUUCCCCACUCCUUCCAUUUAAAAGGAAUCUGUUCACUUACUGUGUGAGCCUGGGCAAGUCACUUAACUCCACUGCCUAGCAAAAAAAUAAAAUAAAAUAAAUAAAAAGAAUCUGUUUUGAAAGAAUCCCUGCGAGUAUAAUCCAGUCCACGGAUUCCCAUUUUCUUUAAGCUUUUCUCAAGGCCAGGUUACUGGACUCUCUCAGAAGAGCUAGGCAACCUUCGACACGCUCCCCGGUAAAACACGGAGACUGGAAUAAUCCCAUCCAGGACCAGAUGGCCGGGGGCGGAGCCAACACGCGGGAAGGGGCGCAUGCUCAGUUGCUGACGACUAUCACCUGCUGCAGACGUCGGAAGGCGGCUCCUCUGCCAGGUGUCGGACCAGCGGCCUCCGGAGGCGGAGCGGCGGGUGGGCAGAAGGAAGUAUCUUACCCAAAGAAUUGUCUUUGGAACUUGAAUUUCACUUGGGCAUCAGAUCAAGAGAUGAAACAAACCAGCUGGAUUAGAAAGAACUGGCUCCUUGUAGCUGGAUUAACUUUCAUAGGUGUCCAUCUUGGCACAUAUUUUAUACAGGUAGCUGCAAAACAGUCUGCCAAAUCUCAAUUUGAAAAUGAAGAAAAGAAUAUCAAAAAAAUUAAGUAAAAGUAUCUGUGGAAGUAUUGAUGUAUGGUAUUCAAUCAUCAUGAUCCGAUGAACUUCAAAAGAAUAAGCUGUUUAAAGUUGCAUGGCCGGUGUGCCACAUGUUCUGACAGAUUGUUGAUGAGUUAAUUGUAUAACUUUAAAAUAUCUGUGAAAAUACAUUGUCUGAAAAGUAUGAUUAAGAAAAUAAAACGUAUCUCUACUCCCUAUAUAUAGCCUGAAGUAAGAUGUCUCGUGUUAAAGCUAAAAAACCUUCAUUAUGUACCUGUGAACUACUGACAAAAGAGAUUAUUAGUAAAUCUCUCUCUAUACUAAGAGCAGUUGUAACCUCUUGCUAUGGCCCUUCUGGUAGACUGAAGCAACUGCACAAUGGUGUUGGAGGUUCUGUUUGUACAACAUCAUCAUCAUCAUUGUUGUUCAGUAACCUUUCUGUCACCCAUCCUAUAUUAAAGAUUUUGACCACCUCUGUGCAAAAUCAUGUAUCACGUUUUAGUGACUGUGGCUUAUUCACAGCCAUUCUCUGCUUUAACUUAGUUGAACAUUUUCAGAGAUUAAACUUGUCGACUGCUACUGUCAUUAAAAUAAGUAAGCAUCUUUUGAGUCUCUGCACUGACUAUCUCAACUCUGAGUCCUGUGGCUGCCGAAUCUCUGUAGAUUUUAGCAAUAUGAAGACUCUCUUAUGUUUGGUACAAAGCAUAUUAACAAGCAAGCCUGCUUGCCUGCUCAACAAAAAAGAAACUGAUCAUAUCAGUACUUUGAUUCUGAAGGCAUUUUUGCUUACAAUUCCAGAAAAGGCUAAAGACCAUGCUGUUUUGGGGAAAAGUAUAAUCGUGCCUUUAAAAGAUGAAAGAGUUAUGAAUUCUGCUGUAUUGCCUGGAAUAGUCAUUGAAAUGCCAGAAGUUCAAUUGAUAAGGAAGUUUCCUAUCAAAAAAUUACCAUCAGAUGCCCUCAAGGUGGCACUCUUUUGUAUGUCUAUGUCUGGAGAUAUUUCUGAACCUGGAGAAGGAACACUAGUGAUCAGUUACGGAGUUUCUCUUGAAAGUGCAGUCUUGGACCAGUUGCUUAACUUGGGAAAUCGGCUCAUUACUGAUCAUGUUGAUAUUGUUGUGUGCCAAAAAGUUAUACAUCCAGCUUUGAAGCAGUACUUCCAUCAGCAUCACAUUAUUACCAUAGACAGAGUUGGAAUAUCUCUGAUGGAGCCCCUGUGUGAAAUGACAGGUGCACAAACUAUUGGAUCCCUGAGUUUUAUCUCACCUACAAGUUAUGGAUAUGUAAAGGAUUUAUGCUCUACAAACUUUGGUUCAAAACACUACUUUCACUUAAUUCCUAAUGAUUCAACUGUCUGCAGUUUGCUUCUCUGUAACAGAAAUGAGACUGCCUGGAAUGAGCUGAAGCUUGCAUGUCAAACAGCACUGCAUGUCUUACAGUUAACAAUCAGGAAGCCUUUGGCUUUGCUGGGAGGUGGCUGUACUGAAACUCACUUGGCCUCCUUUAUAAGACAUAAGGGUAUCAAUGUUCCAGAAUGCAUUCUCAAAGUCAAUGACUGUACCCAAACAGAAUAUAAAAUAGUUACUAAUGCAUUUUGCAAUGCACUACAGUCUAUUGCUUGCUCUCUAGAGCAUGAUAAAGGUAAAAUUCUUACCGAUAGGAAGUAUGGACACUUUUGGUCAAUUCCACCAGAUUUUCCCUCAAAUGUGAAAUGGCAGGAUUUGGUUUCAGAAUGUGGUUGUGGACUCUAUGGUAACCAGGAAGAACUAAACUGGUGCCUCUUACAAGACAUUCAUUCUUUUGCUCCGCAAAACUCUUCUAUCCAGCAAGCCACAAACUCCACUGGCCAUCUGACUUUGGACUGUUUUACUGCAAAGCUUCAUGGCCUACAAGUUGCUGUGGAGACGGCCAGUUUGAUUUUAGAUCUGUCAUACAUCAUUGAAGAUAAAAACUGAUCUGAAUUUAAAGUGCAUUUUGAAAAAUAUGUUUAUGGGAAAAAAGGCUCAAGUAGAAAAAUUAUUGAACAUAGUCACUCUCAAAGGCUUAACUUUUUUUACCCUUUUGUGUACAUUUUAUGAACUCAUUUGACUUGGACAUUUAAAGUGAACAAAAUUAUAACUUAAGUGGAGGUAUUUACCUAACAGUAAGCCUAUAAAGUAUUGUUAAAGGUACUUUAAUAACUACGUAAAGUUAGUGGCUACUGUACAAUAUUUUAUUUUUUUCUGAACAUUUCCUUAUUUAGAUUUAUCUUUCAAUAAAUAUGAAAUUAAAAAAACA